CCUCUCCGAUCUGCCUUCAGAGCCUAGAGUUGCCAGUUUGUCCCCUUCUGGCUCUGUUUGCCCUCACUGCCUUCUCUCUUUCCCCAGGAAACCUUCCCAUGGCUGCAGAGCUGCCCCAAAAGCAAGACUAGAGGCAAAGCCAGCCAGCAGCCCCUUCCUCUCCCAUUCCAGCCUGGCCCAGAUCACCCAGUUCCGAAUGAUGGUGUCUCUGGGACAUUUAGCCAAAGGAGCGAGUCUGGACGAUCUCAUUGAAAGCUGCAUUCAAUCUUUUGAUGCAGAUGGAAACCUGUGUCGAAGUAACCAACUGUUGCGUGUCAUGCUGACCAUGCACCGGAUUAUCAUCUCCUCUGCGGAGCUGCUCCAAAAAGUCAUCACCCUUUAUAAGGAUGCCUUGGCAAAGAAUUCACCAGGGCUUUGCCUGAAGAUCUGCUAUUUUGUAAGGUACUGGAUAACAGAAUUCUGGAUCAUGUUUAAAAUGGAUGCCAGCUUGAUAAACACUAUGGAGGAGUUUCAGGAACUGGUGAAAGCUAAUGGUGAGGAGUUACACUGCCGCCUAAUUGACACAACUCAAAUCAAUUCCCGCGACUGGUCCAGGAAACUUACUCAAAGGAUAAAAUCAAACACCAGCAAGAAACGGAAAGUCUCCCUUCUCUUUGACCAUCUGGAACCAGAAGAGCUAUCCGAGCACCUCACCUACCUUGAGUUCAAGUCCUUCCGAAGGAUAUCUUUCACCGAUUAUCAAAAUUACCUUGUAAAUAGCUGUGUGAAGGAGAAUCCUACCAUGGAGCGGUCCAUUGCCCUAUGCAAUGGCAUCUCCCAGUGGGUACAACUGAUGGUUCUCAGCCGCCCCACCCCGCAGCUCCGAGCAGAAGUAUUUAUCAAGUUCAUCCAGGUGGCUCAGAAGCUCCACCAACUACAGAACUUCAAUACAUUGAUGGCUGUGAUAGGUGGACUCUGUCACAGCUCAAUCUCCAGGCUCAAGGAGACAAGUUCGCACGUCCCCCAUGAAAUCAAUAAGAUUCUGGGUGAGAUGACUGAGCUGCUGUCCUCCUGCAGAAACUAUGACAACUACCGGCGAGCCUAUGGAGAGUGCACCCACUUCAAGAUCCCCAUCCUGGGAGUGCACCUCAAGGACCUCAUCUCCCUGUAUGAAGCCAUGCCUGACUAUCUGGAGGAUGGGAAGGUGAACGUCCACAAGCUGCUGGCCCUUUACAAUCAUAUCAAUGAACUGGUACAGCUGCAAGAGGUGGCCCCACCCUUAGAGGCCAACAAGGACUUGGUGCACCUGCUGACGUUAUCCCUGGAUCUCUACUACACCGAAGAUGAAAUCUAUGAGCUUUCCUAUGCUCGGGAACCAAGGAAUCACAGAGCUCCACCACUAACACCUUCAAAACCACCAGUAGUAGUGGACUGGGCCUCCGGAGUAUCUCCUAAACCUGACCCAAAGACCAUUAGCAAACAUGUCCAGAGGAUGGUGGAUUCUGUCUUCAAGAACUAUGAUCACAACCAGGAUGGAUACAUUUCUCAGGAAGAGUUUGAAAAGAUUGCGGCAAGUUUUCCAUUUUCCUUCUGUGUGAUGGACAAAGACAGGGAAGGCCUCAUCAGCAGGGAUGAGAUCACAGCCUACUUCAUGAGGGCCAGCUCAAUCUACUCCAAGCUGGGACUGGGCUUUCCUCACAACUUCCAAGAGACCACCUACCUAAAACCCACUUUCUGUGACAACUGUGCUGGAUUCCUCUGGGGAGUGAUCAAACAAGGAUAUCGAUGUAAAGACUGCGGGAUGAACUGCCAUAAACAAUGCAAAGAUCUGGUCGUGUUUGAGUGCAAGAAGCGAGCCAAGAACCCAGCAGCUCCCAUAGAGAACAGCUCUUCUGUGGGGCCACCGUCCAACCUUUGCUCACUGGGGGCCAAAGAUCUACUCCAUGCACCUGAGGAAGGACCUUUUACAUUCGCUAAUGGGGAGGCUGUGGAACACAGUGAGGAGAGUAAGGAUCGGACCAUCAUGCUGAUGGGAGUGUCCUCACAGAAGAUUUCCGUUCGGCUGAAGAGAACUGUAGCCCACAAGGCCACCCAGACUGAAUCACUGCCUUGGAUUGGCAGUGAGGGCCCUUCUGGUCCCUUUGUGCUGUCUUCCCCAAGGAAGACAGCUCCAGAUACUCUUUAUGUGCUUCCUAGUCCCACAUCUCCAUGCCCCAGCCCCGUCCUGGUCAGAAAGCGGGCUUUUGUCAAGUGGGAGAAUAAAGAAUCCCUCAUAAAAUCAAAGGAGGAGCUCCGUCACCUCAGACUCCCAACCUACCAAGAGCUGGAACAGGAAAUAAAUACCCUGAAAGCAGAUAAUGAUGCCCUAAAGAUCCAACUGAAAUAUGCACAGAAGAAAAUAGAAUCCCUACGGUUUGAGAAAAGCAAUCAUGUCUUACCUCAAAUGGAGCACGGUGACUGUUCUUAGCCCAGAAACUCAAGAAGCACAUUCUGUAGAUGAGUGUACUGGCGAUUUCAUUUCCUAAGCUGAUUAACACAAAGACCCAUGGAACCUUAGACAGACAGACUGACUUUUAAAGGAGUACUUAAAAGGAAAGGCCAGUUACCUUUUUUUUUUUUUUAAACCCUAAAAGAGGAAAGCUGAAGAAUACAAAACUUUUGCCAUUCAUACCACAAACACAACCCCCCACCCCCACCCCUUCCAAAAGUAUGCUAAAACAUAGUUUCCUGACAAGGCAGCUAUCAAGUAGCCUGCCUGGCUGAUUACUACUUAGAACUAAAAAUCUCUGGAAAAUGAAUUUGCUUCCUUCCCCAGGUUUUCUGUGAACUAAGGGAUUACUUUGUUCCAUCCAAAGCUUGCUUAUAGAAGAAAAAUACCCAUAUUCCAAAAGUAGAUUUACUUCUUCUAUAUCCCAGCAUUCUUUGUGAAUCUAGUUCCUACUUCACUACCUCAGAUCUAAUAAAUUAUUUUCUUUCCCCUCCUUCCUCACUAUGCUCAUACACAAAUGAGCAUUAUCUACCUAGAAGUGAACUCCUAGAGAUGUAGCCACAACUUUUUAGAGGCCUAUUAAACAUAACAUUAUCCGAUUGCAGGUCAAAUCAUAGCUGUAGUCUUAUAGUCAUCAUAAAGUAAGUAACCAAAUUAAAUACCUGGAAACAUAGCUAUUACCAUCUCAUAUAUGACUAGCUGAUUAGCUAAAAUAAACAUAAUGCAAAUGUUUCUCUUCAUGUAAUCUAUAAUGGAUAGAAUUAGGAAUUUAUGGCUUUAAAAAAAAAAGUCUGUGAAGAGUCUGUUUAACUCUUCAUGUUCCAUCUUUAUCUUUUUUCUUGAAGUAAACUAUUUUUAAAGUUCUCUUUUGAACCGAAUUUGUGCUUAAACUGUCUUUACUAUUAAUACUAUUUAGAAAUAAGCUAAUUGGAUCAGUGGCUUAAGUAACAGCUAACAUCAUGUACAUAUGUAUACAAUAUGUAUAUACAAUAUCAGGCAUGCAUGUGGCUUGGAAUUUUGUUUCCUCUUUCAUAAAAUGUGUAAGUGAAUUAAACAACUUUUAGUCAACUACACAAACUCACAAAUAUAAAGUUCAGUUUGUUACAAGAUGAAGUAAUUGCUCACAAUGUAAACUGAAUUGUUUGGCAAAAUCUCAAGUAGCAGUCUUAUGAGUUUUCUAUUAUGAAGGUUAAUGAUAAAUGGGCUCGUUUAGGUGCCUGGGCAAAUAUUCACAAACUCCUUUGUCAGCUUCUUUUCAGUUCUCUAAAAAAAUUCAUAAGAUCAUUUUCUUUCUUGGGGAGUCUUAGCAUGCUUACCAAGUCUGGUACCAGGGUGAUUUGAAAUUCCUAUACAAGUUGACCAAUUGCCAAGAAUAUAAUUUUAACAAUUAAAAGUUGCAAACCUAUAGCCAACAGUCUUCAUAAGAAUAUAAAGAAUAUAUACAGUGUUGUUUACUUGGAGGAUUUAGUUCAAGAAAUUUCUUUGAUGAAAGACCAGUUCCCAUUUGUGUACUUCUUUGUACUCAAUUUCAGAGAGAGAACUAACUUGUAGUGUUUCAUUAAACUUUAAAGAAUCACUUUACAUAAAAAUUUACCCUUUUCUAAAUCUAAACUCAUAAAUUCCCAAAGUGAAGCUGCUUAGAUCCACCAUCUGAUAUACAAAUUUACAGCAGCACUUUGUUACUUGCUUUAUAUGGAACAAAUGUGAGUUUACAGUAAACUUUAAAAGUCAUAUUCUUUACUAUUAUUUUCUUCUGAUAUAGACUAAAGAGUGUCUAGCUCAAUUUCUUUAAACAUAGUCAUGAAACACAAUUUUUCUCAUUCUUCUUACCCUCCAUCAAAAAUAAAAAUCCCAGGUUUUUAGGUAAGUAAUCUGUAAUCUAUAGAAAUUAAAGUCACAGUCCCCUUGGUCAAAUUAACAUGGCUAGAGGGUCUCAAGCAUUGCAGAAUUUAUCACUGAAAUGGAUAAGGAGGCAGUAGUUUCACCACAGAUUUUUACAGUCCAGCAAGGGCCAAAGAAGUAUAGUAUAUAAAUUAAUAUUAUUUGUGUUGAACUAUAUGGAGUUAGUGGAACCUACAGAAAUAAUCUGAAACAAGUUUUUGGUUUUUAAAGCCUAGAAUGCAAAUUUUUGUCUCAUACUGAUUUGAAAUGAGUUUGGGCAGAUAUUUAUCUGCCAAAACAAAGACAAAUCGUAUUUUAUCAACAGCAAUGUUGCUUCUCGUUUUCUUUGCUAUUGACUCACCUUUUUACUGAUCAUUUGUGAAUUUCUGUCUAAAGAUGUAUAAUGUAAAGAGCUACAAGAAAAAAAACAAAUGUACAGAUUGUAAAGUUUUUUUUUGAUACCUAAUGUAAGUUUUUUUUGUGUGUAAUAUUUAUAUGAUAAAAGACAUUAGGAUCCCUACAACA